AUGGCUCCCAAAACUGGCCGGACGAGUGGGGCCAAGAAGGCGGCCGAGGCAACUGCCAAAGCUAAGGCUGAGGCCACGGCGGCUGAGGCUGCCGAGGUGGAGUCUGGGGACUUUGCCAUGGAGACCGGGCGUGAAGCCGUGAAAGAGGCCCUGGACUUUUUGAAGAAGAAGAAGCUCUUUCCGGCUAAGGCGGAGAAGGUCGGCACUCACUCCAUUCUUCCAGAUGCCUGGCAGGGCUCGAGCCUGAAAGAGGCCUCCACAUUCUCAGCGAGCCUGAAGGACGUUUCUGUGGAGACCCUGGAGGUGCCACCGCCUGAGGUGCUGUCUGAAGCGGCCGAGUAUUGGUUCGAAGGGAGGUCUGAUCAGACCUCCCUUUUCGUGUCGGCGACGGUGACGUCUGAUGAGACCAAGUCAGGCGAGAUCGUGCUGUCGCCUGAGGACCAUACCAAGGUUGCGGCCUUGGUAUGGGCCUUCGGCAAGGCGGCGGCUUCGUCUGACAGCGACCUCUGCGAGAAGUACCGCCGCCUGAGCAGCCGCAUCGUGAUCUCCAUGGUGCGUGGCAAGGCGUCUGACCAGGCAGGGACCGUGGUCAGUCUGAUCCAGGCAUCUGAGGACAUCGGCAAGAAGGCUAUGGAGUGUUCCAAUGCGAUGCCGUUCAACCUCGCCUCGCGUCUGACGAGGAUCCGGGCCGCCUUGUCAGCACAACACAAGGCCUCCACUCACGAGGAGGUGUUCUUGUUGUUGAAGAACAUCCGCUGGAACGGCGAAGCCUACAAGGUGAAGACAUCUGACCAGGUGCAAAAGCUCACCACUAUGCUUGACAAGACGAAGGCGGCCGGCAUGACUGAGUCGAUGAAGGAGAUGCGGGAGGACAGCAGCCUGAAGGACCAUUUGGGUGUGUCCCUGUCGACCAACACCCACAUGCGUGACUUGAACAGGGACCAGGCGAUGCAAGCGACAGGGAUGCUGCAUCUUCGCUUCGUCGUGCUGGAGCGGCUGAGCCAUCUGCCCAUCCCGGACGAUGCACUUGACAAGAAGACGGCCAUGGAUUUUCAGAAGUCUCUGCAGAGGUGUCUGAAUCCGAAGGAGUGGGCUCAGCAAGGCGGCUUGGUAUCCGUCGCGGCCUUCAGCGAGCCGCCGUACUGCAGUCUGAGUAAAAGGAUUGCAGGAAUGCUCCGGGGCGAUGACGAUGAGCUCUUCAGCACUGCUGUCACUUCCGGGCAGAAGGAGGAGUUUGGACCCAUCCUGGAGCUGCUGACCAGGUACAGCGACGAGUGGAAGAUGAAAUUGGGCCGUCUGAAGCCUGAGCCGCCGCUUGAGACCAAGCCUUCGCGUGAGCUGCUGCCCGAGACGGAUCCGACGACUGAUACGUCUGGGACUGGGACGACUCGCACGGCUGAACAACUCCGCGAAGUGCAGCUCAAGCGGGCGGUGGAGGAGGAAAUGGCCUUCUACAUUCACUUCUACCAAAGCGACAUCAGGAAUCCUUCCGCUGCCUGGGCUGAUGCUCUGAAGCAACAUCAGCUCCUUCAGAAGGCUGAGCCGGUGUUAUUCAUCUUCGACUCCUCGCUGGUCGCUGAAAACGGAGGCUACAGCCGCGUGCACAACGUGUACCAGCGACCGGCCGUCUUCGAGCGUGGCCUGUACGACAACUGCUUCCGAGUGUUCGAGGCGGCUUCCAAGGACGAGGACCGCUGGCUGACCUUUGAUAGCGGCGUGCAGAAGGCCUCGAACACCAUCCUCAAGUCUUUCAGGAAUCAUGGCUCGACGCCCCAGAGCAUUAUUCUGAUCGGAAGCGAAGAAAGUGUUCAAGGGCGGAAAGACUACUUGCGGUCUGCGUGGCUUGGCCGCAUGUUCUUGUGUUUGACUGCAGUUUCCUUUUUUGGCUUGGCCGCCUGUUCUUGUGUUGACUGCAGUUCAUGCUUCCAGCCAAGGGAGGAGAGGAACUGCAAACGGCGGAAGACGGGAACCGCUGGAAGUCUCAUCAGCAUCGCCGGGGCCAGGGAGACAAUGUACUUCGGGUGCAAGUCUGACCCCCUGCCUGCCAAAGAGCACAAAUGGCUGGCGACUGAUGGCGUGGUGAGCACCGCCUGUCCUGUCUCGGUGCUGCCGAACGUGCCCUUGCCUUCGCCUGAGAGCCUCAUCCGGGUGACGGUGAGCCAGAAGAAGGAGGUCAUCCCUUUGGUGUGUGGAAAGGGUGUGACCGACAACGGCGGCCAGGUGGCACCGGCUGAGCACGUGGAGGACACCGACACAGUCCCUCUGGUGCACUUCGAGAGGAGCUGCUGGCUGUGUCGCAAGUUUGAGUCCAUUGUCUGGGUGUACCGGAUGCUGCUGCACACGGUCUCGCCCAUUGCCUGUGUCGUGAACUUUUCUCCGGGGUCGGGGUGCCUGAGCGUCGUCGCCGCAGAACAGCGGGUGCCCUGCAUCAACGUGGUGAGGACGCCUGAACAACGGAUGAUGCUCCAGAGCAUCAUCCGGCAGGAGCUGGCUGGUCGCGUCAAGAAUGCCAACGACCAGCGAUUCUACCGCGUGCCUGAGCCGCAGAGGGCUGAGCCUGAGAUGCCGCCUGUCUCGACAGCGGUUGCCUCGCCCGCGGUUCCGGUUCCCCCGCCUGCGACAACGACGGUGCCACCGCCUCAGACAACGACGGUGCCACCGCCUGAGAAAACCACGGAUGUCUCGUCACCGUCUGGUGAGUCUGACAGCAGCUCAGGCGAGGACGUAGAAAAGUAG